AUGCCUGCAUCUUAUCAGCAGAAAGGGGUGUGUCAUUGUCAUUACCAAACGGUCCAUGAAUGGAUCAUUUUCCAGUCAACUGCAUUAUAUAAGGUGCAGUGGCUGGAUCAGUGAACCAACUUCACUUCAUUUCCCGAAAGGUAAGAGUGUUGUUCAUGUGCUUUGCCUACUCUAGCUAUGUCAUGCAAGCUACAUGUCUAGGAUCUUAAUUUGACCAGUUUAUCACAGCAGGAAAAUAGCCCUGCAGCAACAGGAAAUGUGAAUGAUUGUGUGGAUUAUAAGUCAUGUAAUUGUUGAUACAUUUUUAGUUAGGGCAAAUCAAGUCUGAAAUGUUCAACAGAAAAGUAGAAAUUCCAAACUUUAGAAGCCUUUUAAAAACUUGAAUACACUACAAGUUUGCAUUUCUGGCAACAACAGGCUGAUCAAAUUAAGAUUCUACACCUGUACUACAGGAAAAUUACAGUCAGUAAAUUACUUUCUGUGGUGGUAUUCAGAGUUAUUGACAGUGUAUAACCCGGCAGGUUGUUGACAUGUCUGCAUUGAAGUACACUCUGGGCCUUCUGGCCGUGCUUGUAGUGGCCACCUGGGCCGAGGAGGUGAGUAAAACUCUACUAACACCUAACUAUUCAUUAUAAGGUGUUUGCUGAUUUGUCAAUGUCAUUAUUUCUCUCUCUGUCUUUGCUGCCAUAGGAGCUCUCUGUCUCUGAGCUGCUGGAGAAGGCCAACAGGAAUGUUGGUAAGACAGUUUUAAAAUUGUGAUAUACAAUACCCGCCAAACACUUUCAGAUAACAUUAUGAGUGAUAUGAAAUAUUAAAUAAAGAUGUAUUAGAAAAGAAAGUUCCAUGAUCGCAUUGCUUUUUAGUCCAGUACUAGGCUUAAUCAGUAUCCGGGAAACUGAUCCAAAGUGUCACACUUUGACAUCCUGUCCUGUCCCAUCCCUCCAGUGCAUACCGCAACGAGCCCUUGAUUGUUGAUGACAUCGCCUACGUCAACGAAGCUGAGAGGAACGCUGACCCCUGCACGUUCCGGCUGCAUGUGGCCCAAGUCAGCGACGGCAAGGUCUAUGUGCCCUAUGUCAUUGCCAACCAGUACUGUGAGUACCAUGUCAUAAUGAUACCUUAUUUUACAGAUGUAGGAUAUUAAUUUGAGCUAGUUUGCUACAGCAGGAAAAUAAUCCUGCAGCAACAGCAAAUGUGAAUUAUUAUGUGGAUUAUAAUUAACAUCAAAUAGACUACAAAUGAAGAUCCUACAUCUGUACAUGAGUCCCAAACUACUGUAUAAGGUUAUAUAAGUAGACCAUAUAAGUAACAUCUAAUCAUUACUGGCCAUUAACUGUAUUGUGUAGCAAGUUUCAUGAUACAGUAGUCGUUUUUUAACAGUAUUUUUCUUGUCCCAUCUGUGUGCUGCCAGCCACCAGGGAGCUGGAAGUCAUUCAGCGUGGUCUGCAGUCCUUCGCCGGCUUCUCCUGCAUCAACUUCGUCAAGCGCACCAAUCACAGAGACUACUUGCACAUCCAGUCCCAAAACGGGUACGUAUACUAUGGAAUUACAUAUAGAAUCGUAAGAGCUAUGAAUUAUAUGAGUAUCUUUAUGACGUACACAAACAGGCUGAGUUGGGACCAAUUAUUUAUAUAAACCCUGGAUUGCUGAUGCUAUAUAUUGGCCACUAAGAGGCUUUGAAGGCACCGGUCGGCCAUAUUGGCACUCCCCAGUUGGAGCAGUCCUCAAUAGGAAUGAUAGAAUUCUAAACUAUUUCAAUGAAAUAUUUCAAAGACAAAAUUACAUGUAUGCAUUAAGGCAUCUGUAAUAGAAUAAACGUGUCAAAGAAACAAAUGUAGAUAUUAAUAAAUGCAUUUCUAUAGCUUCCAAAAUCUUUUUUACAUUAGAGGAGGAGUACCAAGAUGGCUGCGCUGUGACUUCAAUACAGCACCUAGUGUCAGUUAUCCAGGGUUUAUAUACAUCAUUAGUUAGGAAAGUCCAGUGAGACAUGAAACCGGAUUAUAUGGCAUGACACAUUUAUGGUAACAAAUCAAAAUCAAAUCAAAUUUUAUUUGUCACAUACAAGCGAAAUGCUUGUGCUUCUAGCUCUGACAGUGCAGUAAUAUCUAACAGUGUGUGUGUCUGUGUUUGUGCGUGUGUGUGUGUGUGUGUGUUUGUGCAGGUCUGACAGAGACAUUUAAAUCAAAUUGCACUGUUAUAACUCUGUCCAACCCUCUCAUGGCAGGUGCUGGUCCUACGUUGGUCGUUCUGGCAACGCCCAGGUUGUGUCGCUGAGCCGUUCUGGCUGUGUGUACCACGGCACCACCCAGCACGAGCUCCUCCAUGCCCUGGGCUUCAACCACGAGCAGACCCGCAGCGACCGUGACAACCACAUCCGGGUUCUCCUCCAGAACGUCCAGUCUGGUAGGAUCCCUUUCUCUUUCCCAUGUCCCCAUAUAACCAUGUACAUACACAGACAUUCUAUUAUAUUCAAUGCUAUUAUAUUCUAUGCAUGUGUACACGCAUAGCCGCGGGAAGUAGGGGUGCUGCAGCACACCCUGAUAAAUAUAUGUAAAAUAUAUAUAUAUACUGUAUAUUAUCCUAAAUAUAUUCCUGUGGACAUGUGUACACACACACACAAACAUGUACAGUACAUAUACAGGCAAACACAAACACACUGUUGCAUUAAUCACCAACCGUUGCAUUUAUUUAUUAGGGCAAGGUGAAUCUAACGUAUUCUCUCUCUUCCAGGCAUGGAGCACAACUUCAACAAGAUUGCCACCCUGAACCAGGGAACGGCCUAUGACUACAACUCUGUCAUGCAGUACCACAGGUUAGUCAACAUCGUUUUACCACUUUCACAUCAGUAGAUGCUUAGUCAGUUGAGUAAUUGUCAAACCAGCCUCAUAAAAUUCUAAUUCUGUGCAGAGCCUGUGGUCUAGCAGUAAGACACCCGGCUUCAAGCCCAUAUCAUUUUUUGUUGAAUUGAACUUGAUGUUCAAUCCGAUUCCCUGAUCCACCCUUCCUACUGUCUCCACUUCAUCUACCUGAACCCCUCUACUUCUAAUCUGUCUAGAUAAGCAUAAAAACAUGACCAAAAAUAUGAUUACAUGGUAAGCCUACCCCCACUCAUCCCAAGUGUUCAUGAUGAUGAUGUGAUGUGAUUGUAGGUACGCCUUCUCCAAGAACAACCAGCCCACCAUGGUUCCCAUCCCCAACCAGAACGUGGAGAUCGGCAAUGCCUCCCAGAUGAGCCAGAGCGACAUCACCCGUCUCAACAGGCUGUACAACUGUUAAACAGACACCUUGUGUUUCUGUCCUCUCUCGUAAGGUAGUGUCGAUGAUUCAGUGUUGAUAUAAAAACACAGAAUAAAGUUGAAUAAACCUCCAUGUAAAAAUAUACUGCAUUUUUGUUUCAUUAUUUUAAAUGUCUUCAUAUAUUUUUUUACAGCGUGGAUAAAAGUCCUGGGUUGAAAUACUAUUUGAAAUCAUAUCAAAUAACCUAGUUUAGCUGGGCUUGAUUGAGAAUGCGUGGCGCAAUAGAACCAAUGAAAUACUCUCAAAACUGUAAACCCUGCCUACUGGGCACAAUUGGGAGGCUAGAGCAAACACUCAAAGCAUAUGAAACAUUUGAAAUAGUAUUUGAACCCAGGACUGGUAGAUACAGCUGUUUGCACCAAUCAAACUGUUGGACACCAGCCCUGCUCUAUCACUAGGCUACUAGUCCUAACUGCAGUCAGUCCCAAUGCUGACCACAAGGGGGCGACACAUUACUACAGAGCAUUGUCAGGAAAAGUCUACUCGCACAGGUGUCAAACUCAUUCCACUGAGGGCGGCGGAGUGUCUGCAGGUUUUCGCUCCUCCCUUGUACUUGAUUGAUGAAUUAAGGUCACAAAUUAGUAAGGAACUCCCCACACCUGGUUGUCUAGGGCUUAAUUGAAAGGAAAAAACUAAAACCUGCGUAAACUAGGUCCUCCAUGGAAUGAGUUUGACACCCCUGGUCUACUGUAAUUACAAACAAGAGUUUAAUGGCUGUCUGUAUUCUGGCUUGGAUCCCGACAGACAUUCUUCACAAAAACCAUUCUUCCAUUGUGUGACCCAAUCUACUUGAGAAACAGACACAGCCUAAUUCAAAAGGUUUGGUAUGAAAUGCUAAGUAGAGUCGAAGUUAAAUCUGAUCAGUAGCGGUGUGUGGGUAAAAUCACUGGAGAAGCCAAGUAUCUCCCCCAAAAUGCCAUAUUACAACAUAUGUGUUGUGAUAAUUGCAUUGUUUUCACUAUAACCUGUUAGUUCAUAUGCCUUGCGACUGUGAUAUAUAGGCCUAAAGGCCGAGACAAUAAGAAGACACAGUGGCAGAAUAAAUUCAACCACAUCUGUAUUUUAUCACAAAACCGGAUAGCAACCAUAUUGCAUGUACAGUAACAGACAGUUACAUGACCGACAGCAUGGUCAAGCAAGUCUCUGAUUGGGAGCCAUAUUUAAACUGUGUGGUUUCUCCUUGGUUUGUGGGUUUUUGUUCCAUGUUUCUGUCAGUGUUACAGAGGACUUCACUAUCGUCAUUUGUUGUUUCGUGGUUGCUUUAUUAAAUAAAAGUCAUCAUGUUCACUCAACGCGCUGCGUAUUGGUCCGCUUCUUCAGACGAUCGUGACAGAAAAACCCACCAUCAAAGGACCAAGCAGCGUGUCAAGCGGCAACAGGACCCAGCUCCAAAGGCUUCCUGGACAUGGGAGGAGAUUUUGGACGGAAAGGGGUCCUGGACUUGGGAGGAGAUCCUGGAUGGGAUGGAUCGCCGUCCAUGGAGCGAAACGGUGGAGAGGCGACGGCGAGAGGAGCAACGGCGUCAGCAGGGCCAUCAUCGUUGGAAGGACGAGAGGCAACCCCAAAAAGUUUUUUGGGGGGGGCACAUGGCUUGGACGACGGGGCUAACGGAGGCAGAGAAGGGGCGAAUUCAAGAGGCAACCAGGUUACGGGGGUCACUGGCCAAAGUAGGGAAAGGAGAUGUAGAGGCACGGCGUGAGAGACUGAGGUGUGUAUCCAGUCCGGUCCGGCCCGUUCCAGUUCCCGGGGUAGAGCCAGUGGUGUGUGCCUCCAGUACGGUCCGGCCUGUUACGACCCCUCGCACCAAGGAUACGGUGCGCUUUGCCAGCCCGGCCCGGCCUGUUCCGGCCACUCGCACCAGGGAUACGGUGCGCUUCGCCAGCCCCGCCCGGCCUGUUCCGGCCACUCGCACCAGGGAUACGGUGCGCUUCGCCAGCCCAGCCCGGCCUGUUCCGGCCACUCGCACCAGGGAUACGGUGCGCUUCGCCAGCCCAGCCCGGCCUGUUCCGGCCACUCGCACCAGGGAUACGGUGCGCUUCGCCAGCCCGGCCCGGCCUGUUCCGGCCACUCGCACCAGGGAUACGGUGCGCGUCGCCAGCCCUUUCCCACCAGUGCCUACACCACGCCCCAAGCCUCCUGUGUGUCUCCCGAGUCCUGUGCGUCCUGUUGCUGCUCUCCGCACUAGGCCUACGGUGCGUCCCCAGGGCCAAGCAUGCCCUGUUGCUGCUUCCCGCACUAGCCCUGAGAUGCGUGUCCUCAGCCCGGUACCUCCAGUUCCGGCACCACGCAUCAGGCCUACGGUGCGUCCCCAGGGUCCAGCAUGCCCUGUUGCUUCUCCCCGCACUAGCCCUGAGAUGCGUGUCCUCAGCCCGGUACCUCCUGUUCCGGCACCACGCACCAGGCCUACGAUGCGCCUCAGACGGCCAGAGUCUGCCGUCUGCCCAACGGGGCCUGAACUGUCCGUCUGCCCAACGCCGUCUGAACUGCCCGUCUGCCCAACGCCGUCUGAACUGUCCGUCUGCCAAGCGCCGCAGGAACUGCCCGUCUGUACUGAGCCUGCUAAGCCGCCCGUCUGCCAUGAGCCUUCAGAGCCGUCUGCCAGACCGGAGCCGCUAGAGCUCUCCGCCAGACAGGAGCAGCCAGAGCCUUCCGCCAGACAGGAUCAGCCAGAGCCUUCCGCCAGACAGGAUCAGCCAGAGCCUUCCGCCAGACAGGAUCAGCCAGAGCCUUCCGCCAGACAGGAUCAGCCAGAGCCUUCCGCCAGACAGGAUCAGCCAGAGCCGUCCAGCCAGGAUCCGCCAGAGCCGUCCAGCCAGGAUCCGCCAGAGCCAGCCAGCCAGGAUCCGCCAUUCAGUCCGGUGCUGCCCCUUAGUCAGGUACUGUCCCUUAGUCCGGUGCUGCCCCUUAGUCCGGUGCUGCCCCUUAGUCCGGUGCCGCCCCUUAAUCCAGUGGGGUUUAAUUGGGGGGUGGUCAGGUGGAGGGGGCUACGGAAGCGGAUAGUGACUAAGGUGGGGUGGGGACCACGACCUGGGCCAGAGCCGCCACCAUGGACAGACGCCCACCCAGACCCUCCCCUAGACUGUAUGCUGGUGCGCCCGGAGUGCGCACCUUUAGGGGGGGGUACUGUGAUACUCUGGCUAGUUAAUGUUUACGACAUUUUCGGACUACUAUACAACUAUUGAUUUCGAACCACAGAGAGUUACCACAAGUUGCAAAGAAAACAUGAGCUGCCUACACUAGUCCAGCACCAUUUCAACUUCAACAUCAUCAAAUCAACACUGCUUAGUCUAAUAGUGACAACUAAAAAUACCUCUGUGAUCCUCUGUAGCUCAGCUGGUAGAGCACGGCGCUUGUAACGCCAAGGUAGUGGGUUCGAGUCCCGGGACCACCCAUACACAAAAAAAAAAAUUUAUGCACGCAUGACUGUAAGUCGCUUUGGAUAAAAGCGUCUGCUAAAUGGCUUAUUAUUAUUAUAGUCCAAUCAACGUAAGCUAAAUAUGAUGUGGCUGUCCAUGGUUCUGAUUUCUGUGUGUGCGCGUUCGUGCAAGUAGAAAAACAUGUUGACUCACCCUACUCGUAGAGAAACACCAAUGCCAUCCUCCUCUCUUUCAUGUUGACAAAACGGUUAUAAAUCUGUCAUACAGUACACAUUUUUAUUUUUUGUUGUCCUAGGCUAUCUGGCUAAAAUGCUUGCUCGCUAGCCUAACUUCCAUUAAUGGGCAACGUUAGAUAGUUAACAUUAGCCUUUUACAUCUAGCUACAUAUUGAACUUCUAUCCUCUCAGGCCAGGGGCACAACAAUGUAUGAAUUAAUGGUUGGAUCAGAAUCGCCAUUAUAACCAUUGGCCAUUACGGAGAAUUAAGUAAAACCACAAGUCCAAAUCCCUAUCUCCAUCCAUGGCUAAUUUAGGAAAGGGCCAAUUUUAGCUAGCUAGCUUGCCACCGGAGGACAACACAACGGGAUGCAACAAUUAAAGUUUUCUGUCGAUGACGUAUGCUCUCAAUGGGAUUUAAUAGGAGUGACUCCUAAAUCCAAACUGGCUUCCCUUGACCCUUUAUUUUUGGUGCGUCAGGAUCAUUCACAGUUGAGCUGGCACAUUUUUUAAAACCUUUUUUAUCAAGGGAGGACAAAUGCUUGCUGGCUUCCCUUGACUUCAAUGCUACGGGAGGCAACAAUGUCAUACUCGUUUGGACCAGACAGCAUGAGAUAGAUGGCCUACAUGUAGUGAUACAGAGGAGUGCUGUUUAGCUGGCUCGGAUGCUUUCUUCUGUGAGAUACAUUCAGCCUCUUGCGAAUUGAAGGAAAUGUAUGAAACACAGAGAGAUAAAAGAUAAAAUAAUGUAUAUUUAUAAUCUGAUAAACUGGUGUAAAACCCCUUGCACUGCCACAGUUGGUGGAGAAUGUGGGCAUAGCGCCCCCUGUUGGUUGAGAGAGGCAUAGGUAUUUGACUCCGGGUAUAGCGACACUUGAAGUAGGGAGUGUCUGGUGUGGAAGCUGUGAGGAGGACAGGCAUGUGUGGAUCAAACGGGACCAAGAGGCUCACCUUACAUUGGGGAGCAUGUCAGUGGUAGAACUACAAGGACUGCGACCAGCCUGAAAAGCAAGGGAGGUGGUGCUGGGAGUUCACCUAGAGAGGGGUGAAGAAAGCUUUUGUUGGGGACAGCCCUACCUUCUUCCAGACCCACCUGCACUGCUACAGUCUCCACCCUCUGACGGCCAUGCUACACUAUAGCCGUCGGGCGUCCGGCAUGGCAUCAGCCCUCAGACGUUGAGGCUAAUCUGACAGUGCUGUGCUCGCGUUGCGUCACGUCCAAUGGCAGCGUCCAAGCUCAAGAAUUGCCUAUAAAUUCAAUUUUGGACGGCUGACGCACAUUCAUUCUAUCUUGUGAAUUGAAAUAAUGAAAAAUAAAGUUGAUUUUGGUUGCAUAUGGCCUCCACUAGACACCACUGGUUAUUUUACUAAGAUUUGGGAAGUUAAGAAGCUACUAGCUAGCUACAUGGACUAUGUUCACAAUGUAAACAAAAGCAACAUGUGUAAUUACAGGAUCAUUUAGUACAACCACUAGCAACAAUUUAAGAGUACUUGCGAAAAACUGGACCAAAGCUAUUGUACAUACGAAUAAUCGAUGAAUAUGGUACAGUAGGGAAAAACUGAAUAAAGAUGGUCUUCCCCUCUACUUCUCUACCUCUCAAAACAACGUGCUCUGUGUAGUAGGUAGAAUGUCACAUUGACGCGACACUGCUGGCAAAGCAAUGCGAAUAGCGGAGCUGAAGUGAGCGCAAACCAGAGAAAGAUUCACCACUGCUCCAGCCUCCACCCUCUGAGCCGAAGCCAGAGGUGGCUUUGCUGCUGCCUGAGCAGCUCCAAGAAGAGCUUCCACUUCCACCCUAGCCAGAGCAAUCACUGCACUACUGCCAGGAGUGGGAACCUGAGGGUGCCUGGCCACUGCCCCCAUUCAUGCCAGAGAAAGAACCCUUACCUACUCUGCUCCCGCAGGUUCUCGCCGUGCCACCAGGAGCACCGCCAACAGUGCAGUCCUUCGCCGUGCCACCAGGGGGACUGCCAACACUGCAGUCCAUUGCCAUGCCACCAGGGGGACUGCCAACACUGCAGUUUCUUGCCACACCACCAAGGGCACCACCAUUGCUGCUGAAAUCAACCACCAAUCAGGAAGUGCAGUUGACCUUUAAGCUUUAAGCUAGUCAUUUUUACAUUUACAUUUUUGGGGAGGGGCAUCCGUGGAAUGGCCAAUCUUCAAUUGGCCAAUGGCCUCCUUCAUGGGGGAAAGAAGUGUGGUGAAGCAGGGCCAAGCCUAGCCAGCAUGAGGACUGUUCCCUUAAAGAGGGUGUGGCAGCACUCUAAUUGACUUAAACGGUAGGUAGCAUAAACGCAACCACAUAUAACAGAUGGAUUUGCAUCAGUAUACGAAUCAAAAGUCCCAAUGCAAAGUUUCACCUCACAUUUAUAUUUUACGGAGUUUUUACAUAAAACCGAUCAGAAUUACGAAGAAUGCCAAAGUCAUGUCAGAAAAUGCUUUUCCAGAGUGUGAUGUAAUUUUAAGGACCCGGCAAGCCAGCUUAUUCCCUAUAAUUUAAAUUCCAAAAGAAUUAACUACAAAUGUAUAACUUCAAAUUAAAGCAAAUUGAUUGCAUGACCACUGGUUUCAAUUACAUUUUCAGCCAACUUACAAGUAAAUACAUUAUGAAUUUACUGUUACAAAUCAAAUUGCAAGGUUGCUAGCCAACUAGCCUUCUAAUGUUAGCCCUACUAGCCUGCUAACGUUAGCCCUACCAGCCUGCUAAUGUUACAUUAUCACUGAAUGAGUCCGCCAGUUGCUAUCAACACCUAGCUUACAGCUACAUCAAAGUAAACCAACGUUUUGGAAAUACAUAAUGCCAUCCAACCAAAUAUCAAAGAAUGUUAGCUAUAUGCAGUUAUCUUAGUCAGCAAGAUAGCCAGCCAGAUAUUUUGCCAACUAUCCUAAAUUGAUAUUAAUUUAAUUAAUUUCACAUAAAAUGAAUCGCAUGUUAUCGAGCACUACAGUAAAACUGUGGGCGGUACUGGCUCGGACAACGCUUACUUACUUAUAGUAAAACUGUGACUAACAUAAUAUUAUAAUAGAGUAGGCAUUUAAGGUGGUCUUAUGAAACAUUUGGACACAGGCACCUGUCUCCAUUUCACAGGCCUUGGGUAGUUGCAAAAGAUUAGGGAGCAUUUUCAAGGAAUAGAGAAGUUUGGAAAGGCUAUGCUUUUCCAACUUUCUCUGGUUGGUGUGAGAAUUAGCCAUAUGUCAUCGAGACAACAUACCUGCAUCUUAUCAGCGGAAAGGGGUGUUUUCAAAUGUCAUUACCAAACGGUCUAUGAAUGGAUAGUUUUCCGGUCAAUUGCAUUAUAUAAGGUGUAGUGUCUGGAUCAGUGAACCAACUUAACUUCAUUUUCCGAAAGGUAAGAGUGUUGUUCAUGUGCUUUGCCUACGCUAUGUCAUGCAUGUGUAGGAUUUCAAUUUGACCAGUUUCUCACAGCAGGAAAAUAACCCUGCAGCAACAGGAAAUGUGAAUGAUUGUGUGGAUUAUAAGUCAUGUAAUUGUUGAUACAUUUUUAGUUAGGGCAAAUCAAGUCUGAAAUGUUCAACAGAAAAGUAGAAAUUCCAAACUUUAGAAGCCUUUUAAAAACUUGAAUACACUACAAGUUUGCAUUUCUGGCAACAACAGGCUGAUCAAAUUAAGAUUCUACACCUGUACUACAGGAAAAUUACAGUCAGUAAAUUACUUUCUGUGGUGGUAUUCAGAGUUAUUGACAGUGUAUAACCCGGCAGGUUGUUGACAUGUCUGCAUUGAAGUACACUCUGGGCCUUCUGGCCGUGCUUGUAGUGGCCACCUGGGCCGAGGAGGUGAGUAAAACUCUACUAAACUUUCAACGUCAACGAAGCUGAGAGGAACGCUGACCCCUGCACGUCUCGCGGCUGCAUGUGGCCCAAGUCCAGCGACGGCAAGGUCUAUGUGCCCUAUGUCAUUGCCAACCAGUACUGUGAGUACCAUGUCAUGAUGAUACCUUGUUUUACAGAUGUAGGAUAUUAAUUUGAGCUAGUUUGCUACAGCAGGAAAAUAAUCCUGCAGCAACAGCAAAUGUGAAUUAUUAUGUGGAUUAUAAUUAAUGUCAGAAGCCCCUUUAAACAUCAAAUACACUACAAAUGAAGAUCCUACAUCUGUACAUGAGUCCCAAACUACUGUAUAAGGUUAUAUAAGUAGACCAUAUAAGUAACAUCUAAUCAUUACUGGCCAUUAACUGUAUUGUGUAGCAAGUUUCAUGAUACAGUAGUCGUUUUUUAACAGUAUUUUUCUUGUCCCAUCUGUGUGCUGCCAGCCACCAGGGAGCUGGAAGUCAUUCAGCGUGGUCUGCAGUCCUUCGCCGGCUUCUCCUGCAUCAACUUCGUCAAGCGCACCAAUCACAGAGACUACUUGCACAUCCAGUCCCAAAACGGGUACGUAUACUAUGGAAUUACAUAUAGAAUCGUAAGAGCUAUGAAUUAUAUGAGUAUCUUUAUGACGUACACAAACAGGCUGAGUUAGGACCAAUUAUUUAUAUAAACCCUGGAUUGCUGAUGCUAUAUAUUGGCCACUAAGAGGCUUUGAAGGCACCGGUCGGCCAUAUUGGCACUCCCCAGUUGGAGCAGUCCUCAAUAGGAAUGAUAGAAUUCUAAACUAUUUCAAUGAAAUAUUUCAAAGACAAAAUUACAUGUAUGCAUUAAGGCAUCUGUAAUAGAAUAAACGUGUCAAAGAAACAAAUGUAGAUAUUAAUAAAUGCAUUUCUAUAGCUUCCAAAAUCUUUUUUACAUUAGAGGAGGAGUACCAAGAUGGCUGCGCUGUGACUUCAAUACAGCACCUAGUGUCAGUUAUCCAGGGUAUAUAUACAUCAUUAGUUAGGAAAGUCCAGUGAGACAUGAAACCGCAUUAUAUGGCAUGACACAUUUAUGGUAACAAAUCAAAAUCAAAUCAAAUUUUAUUUGUCACAUACAAGCGAAAUGCUUGUGCUUCUAGCUCCGACAGUGCAGUAAUAUCUAGCAGUGUGUGUGUCUGUGUUUGUGCGUGUGUGGUUGAGUGCAUGUGUGUGUGUGUGUGUGUGUUUGUGCAGGUCUGACAGAGACAUUUAAAACAAAUUGCACUGUUAUAACUCUGUCCAACCCUCUCAUGGCAGGUGCUGGUCCUACGUUGGUCGUUCUGGCAACGCCCAGGUUGUGUCGCUGAGCCGUUCCGGCUGUGUGUACCACGGCACCACCCAGCACGAGCUUCUCCAUGCCCUGGGCUUCAACCACGAGCAGACCCGCAGCGACCGUGACAACCACAUCCGGGUUCUCCUCCAGAAUGUCCAGUCUGGUAGGAUCCCUUUCUCUUUCCCAUGUCCCCAUAUAACCAUGUAAAUACACAGACAUUCUAUUAUAUUCAAUGCUAUUAUAUUCUAUGCAUGUGUACACGCAUAGCCGCGGGAAGUAGGGGUGCUGCAGCACACCCUGAUAAAUAUAUGUAAAAUAUAUAUAUAUACUGUAUAUUAUCCUAAAUAUAUUCCUGUGGACAUGUGUACACACACACACAAACAUGUACAGUACAUAUACAGGCAAACACAAACACACUGUUGCAUUCAUCACCAACCGUUUCAUUUAUUUAUUAGGGCAAGGUGAAUCUAACGUAUUCUCUCUCUUCCAGGCAUGGAGCACAACUUCAACAAGAUUGCCACCCUGAACCAGGGAACGGCUUAUGACUACAACUCUGUCAUGCAGUACCACAGGUUAGUCAACAUCGUUUUACCACUUUCACAUCAGUAGAUGCUUAGUCAGUUGAGUAAUUGUCAAACCAGCCUCAUAAAAUUCUAAUUCUGUGCAGAGCCUGUGGUCUAGCAGUAAGACACCCGGCUUCAAGCCCAUAUCAUUUUUGUUGAAUUGAACUUGAUGUUCAAUCCGAUUCCCUGAUCCACCCUUCCUACUGUCUCCACUUCAUCUACCUGAACCCCUCUACUUCUAAUCUGUCUAGAUAAGCAUGAAAACAUGACCAAAAAUAUGAUUACAUGGUAAGCCUACCCCCACUCAUCCCAAGUGUUCAUGAUGAUGUGAUGUGAUUGUAGGUACGCCUUCUCCAAGAACAACCAGCCCACCAUGGUUCCCAUCCCCAACCAGAACGUGGAGAUCGGCAAUGCCUCCCAGAUGAGCCAGAGCGACAUCACCCGUCUCAACAGGCUGUACAACUGUUAAACAGACACCUUGUGUUUCUGUCCUCUCUCGUAAGGUAGUGUCGAUGAUUCAGUGUUGAUAUAAAAACACAGAAUAAAGUUUAAUAAACCGGCAUGUAAAAAUAUACUGCAUUUUUGUUUCAUUAUUUUAAAAGUCUUCAUAUAUUUUUUUACAGCGUGGAUAAAAGUCCUGGGUUGAAAUACUAUUUGAAAUCAUCUCAAAUAACCUAGUUUAGCUGGGCUUGAUUGAGCAUGCGUGGCGCAAUAGAACCAAUGAAAUAUUCUCAAAACUGUAAACCCUGCCUACUGGGCACAAUUGGGAGGCUAGAGCAAACACUCAAAGCAUAUGAAACAUUUGAAAUAGCAUUUGAACCCAGGACUGGUAGAUACAGCUGUUUGCACCAAUCAAACUGUUGGACACCAGCUCUGCUCUAUCACUAGGCUACUAGUCCUAACUGCAGUCAGUCCCAAUGCUGACCACAAGGGGGCGACACAUUACUACAGAGCAUUGACAGGAAAUGUACUGUAAUUACAAACAAGAGUUUAAUGGCUUUCUGCAUUCUGGCUUGGAUCCCGACAGAAAUUCUUCACAAAAACCAUUCUUCCACUGUGUGACCCGAUCUACUUGAGAAAGAGACACAGACUAAUUCAAAAAGGUUUGGUAUGAAAUGCUAAGUAGAGUCGAAGUUAAAUCUGAUCAGUAGCGGUGUGUGGGUAAAAUCACUGGAGAAGCCAAGUCCCCCCCCCCCCCCCCCCCCCCCCCCCCCCCCAAAAAUGCCAUAUUACAAUAUAUGUGUAAGGAUGUAGCUCAGUUGGUAGAGAAUGGCGUUCGCAACGCCAGGGUUGUGGUUUCGAUUCCCACGGGGGGCCAGUAUGAAUUUUUUUAAAUAAUAAUAAUAAUGUAUGCACUCACUAACUGUAAUAGCGUCUGCUAAAUGACUAAAAUGAGAUAAUUGCAUUGUUUGCUCUAUAACCUGUUAAUUCAUAUGCCUUGCGACCGUGAUAUAUAGGCCUAAAGGCCGAGACAAUAAGAAGGCACAGUGGCAGAAUAAAUUCAACCACACCUUUGUUUUAUCACAAAACCAGAUAGCAACCUCUGUCCAGUGAUGUCCACAAAGCAUAUUGUAUGUACAGUAACAGACAGUUACAUGACCUACAGCAUGGUCAAGCAAGUUAAUGUUUCCGACAUUUUCGGCCACCACUAUUCCAGCAUCAAUAAAUAAAAAAAUAAAAUAAAUAAAAUCAUUUCAACUUCAACAUCAAAUCACCUCUGCUUAGUCUAAUACAGUGACAACUAAAAUAUAUAAAAAACAAUUUAAUCCAAUCAACGUCAGCUAACUAUGAUGUGGCUGUCCAUGGUUCUGAUUUCUGUGUGUGCGCGUUCGUGCAUCUUUAUUUUAUCACAAAACCGGAUAGCAACCAUAUUGCAUGUACAGUAACAGACAGUUACAUGACCGACAGCAUGGUCAAGCAAGUUAAUGUUUACGACAUUUUCGGACUACUAUACAACUAUUGAUUUCGAACCACAGAGAGUUACCACAAGUUGCAAAGAAAACAUGAGCUGCCUACACUAGUCCAGCACCAUUUCAACUUCAACAUUUCAACAUCAUCAAAUCAACACUGCUUAGUCUAAUAGUGACAACUAAAGAUACCAAAAACAAUUUAGUCCAAUCAACGUAAGCUAAAUAUGAUGUGGCUGUCCAUGGUUCUGAUUUCUGUGUGUGCGCGUUCGUGCAAGUAGAAAAACAUGUUGACUCACCCUACUUGUACAGAAACACCAAUGCCAUCCUCCUCUCUUUCAUGUUGACAAAAUGGUUAUAAAUCUGUCAUACAGUACACAUUUUUAUUUUUUGUUCUGGCUAAAAUGCUUGCUUGCUAGCCUAACUUCCAUUCAUGGGCAACGUUAGCUAGUUAACAUUAGCCUUUUACAUCUAGCCACAUAUUGAUCUUCCAUCCUCUCAGUCCAGGGGCACAACAAUGAAUGAAUUAAUGGUUGGAUCAGAAUCGCCAUUAUAACCAUUGGCCAUUACGGAGAAUUAAGUAAAACCACAAGUGUUUCCCGGUCAGGAUAUUAUCCAAUGUGCCUUUAGUCAAUUUACUUGUCAGGGACCAGUUUACAACUAAAACAUUUAUUUCAGAGGCUGAAUAUGAUGCACUCAACCAGAUACUGUAAAGCAAAAAGACACACCCACAUCAAACCACACCCCCAAGACAACUCUUGUUAGACCUCUGUCAUGGCCGCUAGCAUUUCUUAAUGAGCGUUGAUGAAAAAGAGGACAAAUCAGGAAGUGCAGUUUACCUUUAAGCUUUAAGCUAGUCCUGCUUGACUUCAUGCUUUUGUUUUCGGAGUUUGUGCUUAAUGUUGUAGAGCUCUGGAAGUGCCAGGAUUUCAUUUGACUUUUGUAAAUAAAAGCCUCUUUGUUUGCUCCAGUCUCCUGUGCCUUUACCUAUGAGUCAUUGCCUAUGCCCAACCCCCUAGAUGUGUAAAACCCCUUGCACUGCCACAGUUUUUUAUUUUUUAUUUUUUUAUUUCACCUUUAUUUAACCAGGUAAGCCAGUUGAGAACAAGUUCUCAUUUACAACUGCGACCUGGCCAAGAUAAAGCAAAGCAGUGCGAUAAAAACAACAACACAGAGUUACAUAUGGGGUAAAACAAACAUAAAGUCAAAAAAUACAACAGAAAAUAUAUAUACAGUGUGUGCAAAUGUAGCAAGUUAUGGAGGUAAGGCAAUAAAUAGGCUAUAGUGCAAAAUAAUUACAAUUAGUAUUAACACUGGAAUGAUAGAUGUGCAAGAGAUUAUGUGCAAAUAGAGAUACUGGGGUGCAAAUGAGCAAAAUAAAUAACAAUAUAAUAAUAGGGAUGAGCUAAUUUCAGAUGGGCUGUGUACAGGUGCAGUGAUCGGUAAGGUGCUCUGACAACUGAUGCUUAGUUAGUGAGGGAGAUAAGAGUCUCCAGCUUCAGAGAUUUUUGCAAUUCGUUCCAGUCAUUGGCAGCAGAGAACUGGAAGGAAUGGCGGCCAAAGGAGGUGUUGGCUUUGGGGAUGACCAGUGAGAUAUACCUGCUGGAGCGCAUACUACGGGUGGGUGUAGUGGAACAGGUUGAGUGGAACAGGUUGAGAGCUUCAAGUUCCUUGGUGUCCACAUCACCAACAAACUAUCAUGGUCCAAACACACCAAGACAGUCGUGAAGAGGGCACGACAAAGCCUAUUCCCCCUCAGGAGACUAAAAAGAUUUGGCAUGGGUCCUCAGAUCCUCAAAGAAUUCUACAGCUGCACCAUCGAGAGCAUCCUGACUGGUUGCAUCACCGCCUGGUAUGGCAACUGCUUGGCCUCCGACCGCAAGGCACUACAGAGGGUAGUGCGUACGGCCCAGUACAUCACUGGGGCAAAGCUUCCUGCCAUCCAGGACCUCUAUACCAGGCGGUGUCAGAGGAAGGCCCUCAAAAUUGUCAAAGACUCCAGCCACCCUAGUCAUAGACUGUUCUCUCUGCUACCGCACGGCAAGCGGUACCGGAGUGCCAAGUCUAGGUCCAAAAGACUUCUCAACAGCUUCUACCCCCAAGCCAUAAGACUUCUGAACAGCUAAUCAUGGCUACCCGGACUAUUUGCACUGCCCCCCCACCCCAUCCUUUUUACGCUGCUGCUACUCUGUUAAGUAUUUAUGCAUAGUCACUUUAACUCUACCCACAUGUACAUAUUACCUCAACUACCUCAACUAGCCGGUGCCCCCGCACAUUGACUCUGCAACGGUACCCCCCUGUAUAUAUAGCCUCCCUACUGUCACUUUAUUUUACUUCUGCUCUUUUUUUUCUCAACACUUUUUUUGUUGUUGUUGUUUUAUUUUUACUUUUUUGUUUAAAAUAUAUGCACUGUUGAUUAAGGGCUGUAAGUAAGCAUUUCACUGUAAUGUCUGCACCUGUUGUAUUCGGCGCAUGUGACCAAUAAAAUUUGAUUUGAUUUGAUUUGAUUUGAUUUGUUGCUAUAGUGACCAAUGAGCUAAGAUAAGGCGGGGAUUUGCCUAGCAGUGAUUUAUAGAUGGCCUGGAGCCAGUGGGUUUGACGACGAACAUGUAAUGAGGACCAUCCAACAAGAGCGUACAGGUCACAGUGGUGGGUAGUGUAUGGGGCUUUGGAGACAAAACGGAGGCACUGUGAUAGACUACAUCCAAUUUGCUGAGUAGAGUGUUGGAGGCUAUUUUGUAAAUGACAUCGCCGAAGUCAAGGAUCGGUAGGAUAGUCAGUUUUACGAGGGCAUGUUUGGCAGCAUGAGUGAAGGAGGCUUUGUUGCGAAAUAGGAAGCCGAUUCUGGAUUUAACUUUGGAUUGGAGAUGCUUAAUGUGAGUCUGGAAGGAGAGUUUACAGUCUAACCAGACACCUAGGUAUUUGUAGUUGUCCACAUACUCUAGGUCAGACCCGUCGAGAGUAGUGAUUCUAGUCGGGUGGGCGGGUGCCAGCAGCGUUCGAUUGAAGAGCAUGCAUUUAGUUUUACUAGUGUUUAAGAGCAGUUGGAGGCUACUGAAGGAGUGUUGUAUGGCAUUGAAGCUCGUUUGGAGGUUUGUUAACACAGUGUCCAAUGAAGGGCCAGAUGUAUACAAAAUGGUGUCGUCUGCGUAGAGGUGGAUCUGAGAGUCACCAGCAGCAAGAGCGACAUCAUUGAUAUACACAGAGAAAAGAGUCGGCCCAAGAAUUGAACCCUGUGGCACCCCCAUAGAGACUGCCAUAGGUCCAGACAACAGGCCCUCCGAUUUGACACAUUGAACUCUAUCUGAGAAGUAGUUGGUGAACCAGGCGAGGCAGUCAUUUGAGAAACCAAGGCUAUUUAGUCUGCCAAUAAGAAUGCGGUGGUUGACAGAGUCGAAAGCCUUGGCCAGGUCGAUGAAGACGGCUGCACAGUACUGUCUAUUAUCGAUCGCAGAUAUAAUAUCGCUUAGGACCUUGAGCGUGGCUGAAGUGCACCCAUGACCAGCUCGGAAACCGGAUUGCAUAGCGGAGAAGGUAAGGUGGGGGACCAAUGCAAAGUUUCACCUCACUUUUAUAUUUUACGGAGUAUUUACAUAAAAACGAUCAGAAUUACAAAGAAUGCAAAAGUCAUGUCAGAAAAUGCUUUUCCAGGGUGUGAUGUAAUUUUAAGGACCCGACAAGCCAGCCUAUUCCCUAUAAUGUAAACUCCAACAGAAUUAAAAAAGGUAUGCACUCACUAACUGUAAGUCGCUCUGGAUAAGAGCGUCUGCUAAAUGACUAAAAUGUAAAUGUAAAUGUAAUUAACUAUAAAUGUAUAACUUCAAAUUAAACCAAAUUGUUUGCAUGACCACUGGUUUCAAUUACAUUUUCAGCCAACUUACAAGUAAAUAUAUUAUGAAUUUACUGUUACAAAUCAAAUUGCAAGGUUGCUAGCCAACUAGCCUUCUAAUGUUAGCCCUACUAGCCUGCUAACGUUAGCCCUACCAGCCUGCUAAUGUUAAUUAAUUUCACAUAUCAAUCGUAUGUUAUUGAGCAGUACAGCAAAACUGUUGGUGGUUCUGGCUCGGACAAGGCUUACUUUAAUGCUUACUUAUAGUAAAACUGUGACUAACAUAAUGUUAUAAUAGAGUAGUCAUUUAAGGUGGUCUUAUGAAACAUUUGGACACAGGCACCUGUCUCCAUUUCACAGGCCUUGGGUAGUUGCAAAAGAUUAGGGAGCAUUUUCAAGGAAUAGAGAAGUUUGGAAAGGCUACGCUUUUCCAACUUUCUCUGGUUGGUGUGAGAAUUAGCCAUAUGUCAUUGAGACAACAUACCUGCAUCUUAUCAGCAGAAAGGGGUGUUUUCAAAUGUUAUUACCAAACGGUCCAUGAAUGGAUAGUUUUCCGGUCAAUUGCAUUAUAUAAGGUGCAGUGUCUGGAUCAGUGAACCAACUUCACUUCAUUUCCCGAAAGGUAAGAGUGUUGUUCAUGUGCUUUGCCUACGCUAUGUCAUGCAUGUGUAGGAUUUCAAUUUGACCAGUUUCUCACUGCAGGAAAAUAACCCUGCAGCAACAGGAAAUGUGAAUUAUUGUGUGGAUUAUAAUUCAUGUAAUUGUUUGUAGGGGUUAAUACAUUUUUAGUUAGGGCAAAUCAAGUCUGAAAUGUUCAACAGAAAAGUGGAAAUUCCAAACUUUAGAAGCCUUUUUAAAACUUGAAUAUACUACAAAUUUGCGUUUCUGGCAACAACAGGCUAAUCAAAUUAAGAUUCUACACCUGUACUACAGGAAAAUUACAGUCAGUAAAUUACUUUCUGUGGUGGUAUUCAGAGUUAUUGACAGUGUAUAACCCGGCAGGUUGUUGACAUGUCUGCAUUGAAGUACACUCUGGGCCUUCUGGCCGUGCUUGUAGUGGCCACCUGGGCCGAGGAGGUGAGUAAAACUCUACUAAACUUUCCACGGUGUGUUUUGUGUCUGCAUUCAUGUGUUCAUGUGUGUGUUCAUCCAUUUAUGUGUGGACAUGUGCAUGCAUAUUUUGUGAAACAACCUAACUAUUCAUUAUAAGGUGUUUGCUGAUUUGUCAAUGUCAUUAUUUCUCUCUCUGUCUUUGCUGCCAUAGGAGCUCUCUGUCUCUGAGCUGCUGGAGAAGGCCAACAGGAAUGUUGGUAAGACAGUUUUUAAAUUGUGAUAUACAAUACCCGCCAAACACUUUCAGAUAACAUUAUGAGUGAUAUGAAAUAUUAAAUAAAGAUGUAUUAGAAAAGAAAGUUCCAUGAUCGCAUUGCUUUUUAGUCCAGUACUAGGCUUAAUCAGUAUCCGGGAAACUGAUCCAAAGAGUCACACUUUGACAUCCUGUCCUGUCCCCAUCCCUCCAGUGCAUACCCGCAACGAGCCCUUGAUUGUUGAUGACAUCGCCUACGUCAACGAAGCUGAGAGGAACGCUGACCCCUGCACGUCUCGCGGCUGCAUGUGGCCCAAGUCCAGCGACGGCAAGGUCUAUGUGCCCUAUGUCAUUGCCAACCAGUACUGUGAGUACCAUGUCAUGAUGAUACCUUAUUUUACAGAUGUAGGAUAUUAAUUUGAGCUAGUUUUUGUUACAGCAAAUAAUCCUACAGCAACAGCAAAUGUACAUUAUUAUAUGGAUUAUAAUUAAUGACAUUUUUUUGUAGGGGAUCAUAUAUUUUUCGUUAGGGCAAAUCAAGUCUGACAUUUUAAAGUGUAAAUUAGAAACGUCAGAAGCCCUUUUAAACAUCAAAUACACUACAAAUGAAGAUCCUACAUCUGUACAUGAGUCCCAAACUACUGUAUAAGGUUAUAUAAGUAGACCAUAUAAGUAACAUCUAAUCAUUACUGGCCAUUAACUGUAUUGUGUAGCAAGUUUCAUGAUACAGUAGUCGUUUUUUAACAGUAUUUUUCUUGUCCCAUCUGUGUGCUGCCAGCCACCAGGGAGCUGGAAGUCAUUGAGCGUGGUCUGCAGUCCUUCGCCGGCUUCUCCUGCAUCAACUUCGUCAAGCGCACCAACCACAGAGACUACUUGCACAUCCAGUCCCAAAACGGGUACGUAUACUAUGGAAUUACAUAAAGAAUCGUAAGAGCUAUGAAUUAUAUGAGGCUCUUUAUGACGUACACAAACAGGCUGAGUUGGGACCAAUUAUUUAUAUAAACCCUGGAUUGCUGAUGCUAUAUAUUGGCCACUAAGAGGCUUUGAAGGCACCGGUCGGCCAUAUUGGCACUCCCCAGUUGGAGCAGUCCUCAAUAGGAAUGAUAGAAUUCUAAACUAUUUCAAUGAAAUAUUUCAAAGACAAAAUUACAUGUAUGCAUUAAGGCAUCUGUAAUAGAAUAAACGUGUCAAAGAAACAAAUGUAGAUAUUAAUAAAUGCAUUUCUAUAGCUUCCAAAAUCUUUUUUACAUUAGAGGAGGAGUACCAAGAUGGCUGCGCGGUGACUUCAAUACAGCACCUAGUGUCAGUUAUCCAGGGUUUAUAUACAUCAUUAGUUAGGAAAGUCCAGUGAGACAUGAAACCGCAUUAUAUGGCAUGACACAUUUAUGGUAACAAAUCAAAAUCAAAUCACAUUUUAUUUGUCACAUACAAGCGAAAUGCUUGUGCUUCUAGCUCCGACAGUGCAGUAAUAUCUAACAGUGUGUGUGUCUGUGUUUGUGCGUGUGUGUGUGUGUUUGUGCAGGUCUGACAGAGACAUUUAAAACAAAUUGCACUGUUAUAACUCUGUCCAACCCUCUCAUGGCAGGUGCUGGUCCUACGUUGGUCGUUCUGGCAACGCCCAGGUUGUGUCGCUGAGCCGUUCCGGCUGUGUGUACCACGGCACCACCCAGCACGAGCUCCUCCAUGCCCUGGGCUUCAACCACGAGCAGACCCGCAGCGACCGUGACAACCACAUCCGGGUUCUCCUCCAGAACGUCCAGUCUGGUAGGAUCCCUUCCUCUUUCCCAUGUCCCCAUAUAACCAUGUACAUACACAGACAUUCUAUUAUAUUCAAUGCUAUUAUAUUCUAUGCAUGUGUACACGCAUAGCCGCGGGAAGUAGGGGUGCUGCAGCACACCCUGAUAAAUAUAUGUAAAACAAAAAUAUACAGUACCAGUCAGAAGUUUGGACACACCUACUCAUUCCAGGGUUUUUCUUUAUUUUGACUAUUUUCUACAUUGUAGAAUAAUAGUGAAGACAUCAAAACUAUGAAAUAACACAUAUGGAAUCAGGUAGUAACCAAAAAAGUGUUAAACAAAUCAAAAUAUAUUUUAUAUUUGAGAUUCUUCAAAUAGCCACCCUUUGCCUUGAUGACAUCUUUGCACACUCUUGGCAUUUUCUCAACCAGCUUCACCUGGAAAGCUUUUCCAACAGUUCCCACAUAUGCUGAGCACUUGUUGGCUGCUUUUCCUUCACUCUGCGGUCCGACUCAUCCCAAAUCAUCUCAAAUGGGUUGAGGCCGGGGGAUUGUGGAGGCCAGGUCAUUUGAUGCAGCACUCCAUCACUCUCCUUCUUGGUAAAAUAGCCUGUGUCUGUUACUUGAUCUCAGUGAAGUAUUUAUUCAGGCUGCAAUUUCUUAGGCUGGUAACUCUAAUGAACUUAUCCUCUGCAGCAGAGGUAACUCUGGGUCUUCCAGUCCUGUGGCGGACCUCAUGAGAGCUAGUUUAAUCAUAGCGCUUGAUGGUUUUUGCGACUGCACUUGAAGAAACUUUCAAAGUUCUUGACAUUUUCUGUAUUGACUGACCUUUCAUGUCUUAAAGUAAUGAUGGAAUAUUGUUUCUCUUUGCUUAUUUGAGCUGUUCUUGCCAUAAUAUGGACUUGGUCUUUUACCAAAUAGGGCAUUCUUCUAUAUACCCCUCCUACCUUGUCACAACACAACUGAUUAGCUCAAACACAUUAAGAAGGAAAUAAAUUUCACAAAUUAACUUUUAACAAGGCACACCUGUUAAUUGAAAUGCAUUCCAGGUGACUACCUCAUGAAGCUGGUUGAGAGAAUCCCAAGAGUGUGCAAAGCUGUAAUCAAGGCAAAGUGUGGCUAUUUGAAGAAUCUCAAAUAUAAAAUAUAUUUUGAUUUGUUUAACACUUUUUUGGUUACUACCUGAUUCCAUAUGUGUUAUUUCAUAGUUUUGAUGUCUUCACUAUUAUUCCACAAUGUAAAAAAUAGUAAAAAUAAAGAAAAGGAGUAGGUGUGUCCAAACUUUUGACUGGUACUGUAUAUAUUACCCAAAACAUCUUCCCGUGGACAUGUGUACACGCACACACAAACAUGUACAGUACAUAUACAGGCAAACACAAACACACUGUUGCAUUCAUCACCAACCGUUGCAUUUAUUUAUUAGGGCAAGGUGAAUCUAACGUAUUCUCUCUCUUCCAGGAAUGGAGCACAACUUCAACAAGAUUGCCACCCUGAACCAGGGAACGGCCUAUGACUACAACUCUGUCAUGCAGUACCACAGGUUAGUCAACAUCGUUUUACCACUUUCACAUCAGUAGAUGCUUAGUCAGUUGAGUAAUUGUCAAACCAGCUUCAUAAAAUUAUAAUUCUGUGCAGAGCCUGUGGUCUAGCAGUAAGACACCCGGCUUCAAGCCCAUAUCAUUUUUGUUGAAUUGAACUUGAUGUUCAAUCCGAUUCCCUGAUCCACCCUUCCUACUGUCUCCACUUCAUCUACCUGAACCCCUCUACUUCUAAUCUGUCUAGAUAAGCAUGAAAACAUGACCAAAAAUAUGAUUACAUGGUAAGCCUACCCCCACUCAUCCCAAGUGUUCAUGAUGAUGUGAUGUGAUUGUAGGUACGCCUUCUCCAAGAACAACCAGCCCACCAUGGUUCCCAUCCCCAACCAGAACGUGGAGAUCGGCAAUGCCUCCCAGAUGAGCCAGAGCGACAUCACCCGUCUCAACAGGCUGUACAACUGUUAAACAGACACCUUGUGUUUCUGUCGUCUCUCGUAAGGUAGUGUCGAUGAUUCAGUGUUGAUAUAAACACAGAAUAAAGUUCAAUAAACCGCCAUGUAAAAACAUA